AUGAAGCCUGUCGUCGGACAAGCGCUGAAGGACGCACAAAUUGACAACAGCAACAGAUACGUAAUGAUGAGCUUCACGAUGGGCAGUGCUGGUUUCCGUAUGCCAGACGCCUGGACGGCUGGAGUCUCUGACGUACCGGUUGUGCACAGUCUCAUGUUUUACCCGCAGGCGUGCGUCAAGGACAUCGGGCCAGAGAUGAACACAGAUGUGGAAAUGUCUAAGCGCAAGGAAAACUCCACGCUUCACUUCCUUAUCAUGUAUGACGAUCAUCAGCUGUUCAAGAUGAAGGCAGAGACGUUCUACCAAAAGUACCUGGAAGCCAGCGGAUCAGGGAUUGCCGCCUUCGACUUGGAGUACGACGACUUCGCCAACCUGUGUGGUGACGGAAAAUUCAGGCGGCUGAAGGCUAUCAAAGACGUUGUAUGGACCAAAGCCUGA